UCUUAAUUCUACAAUCUACGUCGUUUAAAAAGUUGAUUUUUAUUCUAUAUAUAGUUUUACUUUAAAUAAAAAUGGCGUUCAUCCCGUUAAGGAUGAAUGCGGUGCACAAAAUGGUGCAGAACGUUUGUUCCACUACUCUGUUGAAGAGACCGAUGGCUUAUAAAAGCUCUAUAUCUUUAGAAACUCUGUACCCAAACAGCUCUUUAAAGCUUACUACACCAACAUUCAGCUCGGAUAGCAAAGAGAAGUUUUCUGGAUUCAUCCCCAUGGAUAAACUGGAUAUCACUUACAGUGCUAGUUCAGGACCGGGUGGGCAGAAUGUUAAUAAGGUUCAUACUAAGGUAGACUUGAGGUUCAAAGUGGAUGAAGCUGACUGGAUACACCCCGACAUCCGAGCAAAAAUGAUGGAGCUGUACGGCAACAAGUUGUCAAAGGAGGGCUACUUGAUCCUGCGGUCAGACAUGACACGCUCCCAGCAGCUCAACCUGGCCGACUGCCUGCAGAAGUUGAGGAACAUGAUCCGUGAUGCCUCCGUCACCAAGCGUCAGCCUGCACCGGAGACCGAGGAGAGAAUCCGACAGAGACACCUGAAGGCGGCGCGCAUGCGCGUGUCGAUCAAGCGCGAGGAGUCCGCUCGGCGUGCGAUGAAGCGGGCGCCCACAGUCGUCGAUUUAUGAUACUUCUACUAAAUUGGGCGUACCAGGCACCUCACAGUGGCUACAGUCUUGUAUGAGAAAAUAUCUAUGAAUAUGGAGACAUAUUUAGACUGAGCUCACCACUGUCAGGUCCCACUCGUUGUAUUUAACUGUUUUGAUAGAGAAUGAUUGAUUAGUUUGUAAAUAGUUAUUAAAUAAAUAUGUUCUAUUAAAAAA